GAAGCCUGACCACAGACCAGCAUCUCCAAGGCAUGAAUAAUUAGGUAGGCAUAAUGGAAGGAACUCACUGCACACUCGAAUUGCGCAAGCCCAUUACUGAACUGUGCUACAUCAGCUUCUAUCUUCCAAGGGGGGAUGUCAGAGGAUUUUCAUACAAGGGCACUGUAACUCUAGACAGAGCCAGUAAAGGUUUUCAAAACUGCUACCAAGUCAGGGAGGGGCCAGACAUCAUCAGUCUCAGCCAGCAGCCGAACGAACAUCCCGGCGACAUAUUUUUCAAGCAGACUCCCACAAAAGACAUCCUAACUGAGCUGUACAAACUGACAGCUGAGAGGGAGAGAGUGCUGGCUAAUCUGCUCACCUCAGACCACAUCCUGGGCAUUUCCAUGAGGAACCAGGAGGGGAAGCUGCCGGAGCUGUUUGUGAGCCCAGCCCCGGCGGAUGACUGUUUCCAGAGUGUGGGAGACUGGUGGGGGGAGCUCCCUGUGGGCCCUCUCAAUAAGAGGAGCACCUGUGGGAACAAAAAACCCCGGAGGUUUGGCGGAUGGAGAGAGAGCCUUGAGGCACUCCCACAGAAGAGAACAAGAAGGAAAGAGUGUGGAAGCCGGGAACCAGUUCCCCGGAUGGGGAAGGACAAGAUCUGUUCCAGCAACUCCCUUCCUCUUUCUCCAGCCAGGCCUAAUCUUCAGCUCCUAGAGGAAAGAGGAAAUCUGGUCCCAAAUAAGGCACUUACCUCCUCCCUGCAGAGGAGAGAGAGUUGCCCUGCAGAUAUCCCUAGGACACCGGACUCAGAUCUUGGCUUUGAGACCUUUGGGAUAGCCUCAGAGCCCACUGGGCUUGGAAGAGGAGCACUGCCCCCUGACAGCAGCUCCACGGGGGCAGGAGAUGGUGGCGUUGAAGGCCCACUGAGAAGUCCUGGCAGGCUGGAGCAUCAGCAAACAGGUGUGCCUGAAAUUCAGGACUCUGAGAAAUGUCCAGAGGCAGAGGGGGGCAGCAUGGAGAAGUCAGCUGAGCAAACUCGUAAGACAAAACCUGUUUCUAAAGUGGUGGCCAAAAUCCAGGAUCUGCCCUCUCAGGUGCAAAGAGUAGUUAAAACACAUCCUGAGGCCAAGGAAAGCAUUGCCAUUUGCCCAGGGGCCCAGGAUGAUUUUAUACCCAAAGCAGACUUGCUUGAGCUCCCAGGACCUGAGACUGGGGCUCCUGGUUCUAGGUGGUGGGAUGAGGGACAGCCAGGGGACAGGUCAUCACAAUCAUUGGCCAGAGAAACAGCAUCUAUUUCUAGUUCACUAGCCAGUGCUGAGGGGGCCGUGAACAAGGUCCUCCUGAAGGUAAUAGAGAGUGAGAAGUUAGACGAAGCCACUGAAGGGAAAAGACUGGGCUUCCCCCUCAACACAAGGACCACCUCCACCCUCCCAGAAACCAGAAGUAAAAGGAAGGCUGGGCUAUCCCGGAGUGGCCGCAGGUCCUUGUUUCUCGAUCCGCAGCAUGCUGUAGGUUCUGACUCCUCCCAACCCAGAGACAUUGAGAGGAGGACAUCCCCUCCAGCACCAGCCACUCUUGGUAUGGUAUUUAAUAAUUCAUCCCCUCGGUCCAGCGCACACAAACGGAUGUCACCUGUUCCCUCGCCUCUACCUCCAAGGCGUACCAGCCCCCAGCAGCACCACAGGAUCCUCCGGCUCUCCCCGCUGCCUGGUGAGAGGGAAGCUGCUCUUAAUGACUCCCCUGGUAGAAAGACCUGUGUCUUCUUUGUGUCCUCCUCUGCUGACACCUUGGAGUCACCAUCCUCUGCUAAGGUCACGGAUACCAAAGGAACCAGCCCGACCUCCUUCAGAACAGGUCAACCUCCUUUGGUGCCUGGAGAAUCUUUGGAAAAGAGCUUGGGGCCAGGGAAGACCACAGGUCAGGUCCAGCACCAGUCACCUCCAGGUAUCUCCUCUGAGAGCUUUCCUUGGGACUGCUUCAAUGAACAGACAACCAAAGACCUUCCCUCCAGAGAUGGAGGUACUUGGGUCCUGGGCUACAGAGGAGGUCCACCCUGUUCAUUUCUUCUUCGUGAGGAAAGAGAGAAGUCAAACAGAAGUGAAUUGCACUUGGAUCUCAAUCCUGACCAGAGCCCUACAGAGCAGGACGACAGGACUCCUGGCAGACUCCAAGCUGUCUGGCCACCCCCAAAGACAAAAGACACAGAAGAAAAAGUGGGAUUGAAGUACACCGAAGCAGAAUACCAAGCUGCUAUUUUACACUUGAAGAGGGAACACAAAGAAGAAAUUGAAAACCUGCAGGCCCAGUUUGAACUUCAGGCAUUUCAUAUCCGGGGUGAGCAUGCAGUGAUAACAGCGAGACUAGAAGAAACCAUUGAAAAUCUCAAACACGAGUUAGAACACAGAUGGCAAGGAGGAAGUGAAGAGAUGAGAGAUGUAUGCAUCUCCACAGAUGACGACUGCCCUCCAAAGACCUACAGAAAUGUGUGCAUCCAGACAGACAGAGAGACCUUCCUCAAACCCUGCGAAGGUGAAAGCAAGACAACCAGAAGUAACCAAAUAGUACCCAAAAAGCUGAAUAUCUCCUCUUUAAGUCAGCUUUCUCCCCCAAAUGACAACAAAGAUAUUCAUGUACCACUUCAGACUGGAGAAAGCAUCUCAUCAAAUCAGCAGAAAAUAUCACCCCCACCUCCUCCACCACCUCUACCCCCUACCAUCCCUCCCCCUCCACCCCUCCCGCCUGGACUUGGACCUCUGCCACCAGCACCUCCGCCACCACCUAUGAGUGUUGGGCCACCACCACCUCCUCCUCCACCCCCUCCACCACCUCCACUACCUCCAAGUGCUGGACCUCCCCUACCUCCUCCCGCUCCACCACUGCCUAAUGCCCCAGCUCUCCCAAGCAGUGGGGGACCUCCUCCUGCUCCAACACCCCCCGGACUUGUACCCCCACCUCCUCCUGGACUCUUCUUUGGACUCAGCUCUUCUUCCAGCCAAUGUCCUCGGAAACCAGCCAUUGAGCCCAGUUGUCCUAUGAAGCCUUUGUACUGGACUAGAAUACAAAUAAGUGAUAAGAGCCAAAAUGCUACACCGACCUUAUGGGACUCCUUAGAAGAACCUGAUAUUCGGGACACUAGUGAAUUUGAGUAUUUAUUCUCCAAAGACACAACUCAACAGAAGAAAAAACCUCUGUCAGAGACCUAUGAGAAAAAAAACAAGGUCAAAAAGAUCAUCAAGUUAUUGGAUGGAAAACGAUCUCAAACUGUGGGAAUCUUGAUAUCUAGUUUACAUUUAGAAAUGAAGGACAUCCAGCAGGCCAUUUUUAACGUGGAUGACUCUGUGGUUGAUCUGGAGACCCUCGCAGCCUUAUAUGAAAACAGAGGCCAAGAGGAUGAGUUGGUUAAAAUACGAAAGUACUAUGAGACAUCCAAAGAAGAAGAAUUAAAGCUGCUGGACAAACCUGAACAAUUUUUACAUGAGUUAGCCCAGAUCCCCAAUUUUGCUGAACGUGCCCAGUGCAUAAUCUUCAGAUCUGUUUUUUCUGAGGGUAUCACCUCCUUGCACCGAAAGGUAGAGAUUGUCACACGAGCUUCUAAGGGCUUGCUGCACAUGAAGAGUGUAAAAGACAUCUUAGCUCUCAUUCUGGCAUUUGGAAAUUAUAUGAAUGGAGGAAAUCGGACUCGAGGACAAGCAGAUGGAUAUAGCUUAGAAAUUCUGCCCAAACUCAAGGACGUCAAAAGUCGGGAUAAUGGAAUUAAUUUGGUGGACUAUGUUGUGAAGUAUUACCUCCGUUACUAUGAUCAGGAAGCCGGAACUGAAAAGAGUGUUUUCCCCCUGCCUGAACCACAAGAUUUCUUUCUGGCCUCCCAAGUCAAGUUUGAAGACCUCAUAAAAGAUUUGAGAAAACUGAAGCGGCAAUUGGAAGCAAGUGAGAAGCAGAUGAUGGUGGUGUGCAAGGAGUCCCCAAAGGAGUAUCUCCAGCCUUUCAAGGACAAGCUGGAGGAGUUCUUCCAGAAAGCCAAAAAGGAACAUAAAAUGGAAGAAAGCCAUUUGGAGAAUGCACAGAAAAGUUUUGAGACAACAGUGGGAUAUUUUGGGAUGAAGCCAAAGGCUGGUGAGAAGGAGAUCACACCAGGCUACGUGUUUAUGGUAUGGUACGAGUUCUGCAGUGACUUCAAGGCCAUUUGGAAACGGGAGAGUAAAAACAUCUCUAAAGAAAGAUUGAAAAUGGCUCAAGCAUCAGUCAGCAAGUUGACAUCAGAGAAGAAAGUGGAGACAAAGAAAAUCAAUCCCACUGCCAGUCUGAAAGAAAGACUGCGUCAGAAGGAAGCCAGUGUGACAACCAACUAAGAUGGAGACACAAGAAAAUGACAAUGGGGAGCCAUGGAACCCUGCAGCGCUAAAGAAGUUUUUUGAAAGAUUUGUUACUAAAUGUCUGUCUUGCUCAGUCCUUUCUGAAGUGUCUGCAGGGAGCGCCCUAUGCCUUCUUUAAGAAGUCCCUUAUUAGGCCACAGGAGCAAUGAAAGCUAUUUAAGGAAAUACUGCAAGAGUAUUUGAUAAUUGUUGCUUGUAGAAGUUCAAAGUCUACUCUGUUAUGAGACCAGAAGAAAUACCAAGAUUUUCCAAAUUUUUUUAAAAGCUGAUAUUUCACACUUUCUGUACCAAACUUGAUCUCUACAACUUUGUCACAGAAGAGGAUCUUUCAUGACAGUUGCCUUAGGAUAAUUCAAGCCUUGGUAUUUACAUGUUGCUGUUUUGAUCUUUAGUUUAUUGGUCUUAAUUUUGAUUAUGUUGUAGCAAGAUCCUAUGACAUCUUUCUUGCCAACAAUGUUGAAACUCACCAAAAUUGUUUGUGAAAAUGAUUCCCCAGACUAGGGAAAUGAUGGUGUUGUUGUUGUUCAUGCAAUUGAAAGGAAACAAAAUGGAAUCAUGUGUGGGUAUAGAAGGGAGUUAAGUUGCCAUAAACUACAUCCUGGAGGAUGUUAUGAUACUGGAGUUGACCUCAGCCAUUAAGCAAGGCCCAUUGUUUUAUUCUUAUAUCAGUUCAUUGUGGGUUCCUGAGCUCACAGAGAUUUUGUACCCCACCUCCAGUAGAAAUAGUAGUACUGAGCAGGGACAGCCUUGGGGGUCAGGGUACCUAUUUGAACAAGCAAUCGGGUGACAGAACACCCUGCCUAUUUCAGAUCCAUCAUGAAUGGGUAGUACCAUAUUGACAUGUACCCAAUUCUUCAUUAUGUCCUGCUACUUGUGGCUGGUCCUCUCUGACCACCCCCAGGAGGUGGUUUCUAGACAGGAGAGCAAAAGCAUGUGCCUUUUUAUCAUGGCCUUGACUGACAGGCAUGUGAAGUAGGGUUAGCCAGGUGUCUUUGCUGGCACAACACUUAAGUUCUUUAUAGGAAAAUGAGAAGGUGAAUAUAUUAAUAUUAAACUUUGAUUAGAACAUCAGGCCUAGGUAGCUCUUUCUGACCCUGGCUCUUGAUUCACAGAGGAAAAUCACCUUGGAAAUCUACCUGACAUUUUCCCCCUCAAGCCAUUACUCUUUGAAUCUGUCCUGUGAGGGGAUAAGAAGAAAGAAGGGAUCAGCUUUUUCCUCCAGUGGUGGGGACAAUCUAGAGGUGAUCAAGAAUCUUAUGUCCUAUCCAUAUCCGCUGCUACAUGUGUCCUGCCCCUUCCCCCAGCGUCUUUGCAGAACCUCUGAGCUUGCCAGGUGCCCAACUGUCUUCCCAGGAUAUGCCUGCCAGUCAUCAGCCUGAGAACUCAGGAACAUUCCUGUAAUAGAUUGAGCUAAUGAAAGCAGCACCAUACCUGUGUAUAGUGCAAACCUCAGAAUCAAGACUGCACAGGUGAAAUCAGUGAAGUCACAGACACCAUAUUCAUGCAGGCACUAACCAGCUUUUCUAAUGGUUCAAAAGGAAAGAAUGUCACAUGCUUGGAUUUUUAAAACUCAGAAUGAAGGAGUGAAACAAAAUGGGCAAACAGAUAAGGAAAUUACUAGACUAGAAAGACUUGAAGUUGCUUGUGAGCAAGAAGCUUUUCCCAUUACUUUCAUAUUGUUUCUCCUUGUUUUUACUUAACUGUGAAGAAAACCAAGGAAAUUCAUCAACUUAAGGCAAAUUCCACUUACAGGCAUCCUGUACUCUAUAACAUUCUUUCUAGUAUUAUGGUGCAGAAGAAAAUACCAGUUUUUGUCCAUGCCACAAAAAUCAUCUCUGCAUUCAGCAAGGUCAGCAUAAGUCUCAAUCCAUAAGGAUGUGAUGGAAGGAAGCAGCAGGAGGUUUUUGCUAGAGCCACUGCUGUCCACUUCAGGUCUCUUAAGUAAAAUACUCAUGAGAAGGUGACACUGUCAUUGUGCCCUUCAAGGACACCCUCUCAGGGAAACCAUGCUGAAGAAUAAGGAAUGGAAACAUUCAUUUGAGAGACGAAUGCAACCCAACUUGGUAAACCAACUAAAAAUCUUCUGCAAAGUGCCUGUUUCUAAAGAUCUGCCUGCCUCGGUUGGGGAAGCUUGGUGGGUUUGUUAACACUAGUCAAAUACAUUUCAUAACCAUUUAAGACACCAUGACAGAAUCUCCAUCAUUCUCUUCCAGUUUGAAUCCUCCAUUAUCUAAUCUGAAAUGCCACUUCCUAAAUCCACCACUGUGACCUAGUCUUCAUUUCUAACUUAAGUUCAUGAUCAACAAAGGUAACCAUUUGCUUCAGGCAGUUAUCUGAAACAAAAGGUUCCUCUAAAAUGCAGUUGAGUUCAUGCUAAAUGCAACAAGUAUGUCUAAACUUUUCACAGAGAAGACUUGUUUAGAUACCAGUUGACCUCUUGAGCACUUUAAGCAAGCAGGGUUUAAUGGGCUUCUCUAGGCACAGCUCUCCUUGAACUAGACAGGAGAAAGACCAGGAUGGCCACCCUGCAUUUAACCACACACUCACACCUACUCACUAGUAAAAUGCCAAAAAACCAUCCCUGAUAAACAACUUUGUCUCUUCCUAGUUGAGAUUCACUGACUCUGAGGACACAGUUUAGCAACGGUUCGGAUUCUUGUAUGAGCUGUUGACAAUAAUUAUAGAGCACACAGGUGCACUAACUAAUGUACUAAAAUAUUAUAUAGACACAUUAGGGGGAAAAAGCAUCAGACCUCUGCAGUGUCCAAUAUCAAGUUGGAAAGUAUGGCAUAUGUCUUUUAACCUGAGAAAAGGCAGCUUACCAGAAAAAGUGUGGCCUAAUAGAAGGGCAGACAUGAGGAUGUAGAGGCCCCAGGGGUCACAGGUGUUGGUUCUGCUCCUGCAUCCUUAAGUUGAUGUCAAUGAGAUCUUUCCAGAAGCUCAUGGCAACUACCUAGGAAUUGUGGGAAAACAACUUCUGAAAUCUGAGGAGUAAAAUAAGGAAACCCAGUGGUGCUACUAUACCUUUAAAUGUUCUAGCUGAAACGAAUUGCCAGCACAGUUGAAAAAACUGAAUAUUAAGUUGGAUGCUGGGCUCCCCUUUCCCAGGAAACAUAGUCGAACCUGAAAAUCUGCUGAGCCUCCUUUUUCAUGGGUACCCUAAGGAAAUGGGUUUCCUAAAUGAGAAGCUUAAAAGUUGCCAGUGAAGAAACCAGAAAAACUGAAAAAAAAAGAGAAGUAUGUUGGUGAUAUUUGAAAUCUCCAGCAAGAGAAAGAGGUCAAUGGUAUGGUUUCUUAAAGUCUACAAUUAGAUGUAGCAGAAGAGAUAGAAAUGUAUUUUCAGAAGUGAUUUGUCUAUUGUCCUGAGAUUACAUCUCUCUAUAAGUUGUGCUGCCUACAACAGGGAAGUUUUCAUUUUAAUGAUGUUUUUUAUUCCUUUACAGUUUUAUGAUCUCAAGUCUAUCUAUACUUCUGCCUUGCCUGGCAUCACAGAUGCAGUCAUUAUAUGCACCAGCACAGCAAAUCGCACCUAGUCAAUGUAUGAUGAGGAAUUAGCAAGGCAGACCUGCAGAUUCUCCUUUCCAGUAACCAGACUGUAGUCUUGGUGGGGGAUCUCUUCAUUUUCUGACAUCCUAAGUAAGAAUAUUUCAAAGUAUUCACCCUUCCCACAAAAAAAAAAAAAAAGCAAAUAUAAAACCAAUUUGGGGCAUUAUAUGGAAAGGGGAAAUGAAGAAGUCCACAAAAUAUAGCCUCCCCCAAAUAGCUGAUCUAAAUAUCAACCAUCUCAUUCUAUGAAGUAGUUUAAAUUGGGUUGGAAAGUUGCUAGCCAAAAGAAUGUUUGAUUUGAGCUUCCUUUUCUAUGAUCCUGUCUAUUCUAAUUAGAAACCAAAAACACAAAAAAUAGAUAAAAUGUGAUUAGGAAAGAGAAAGCUUUAGCAGAUUGGGUGGCUUAUAAAUUAGUUUAUUAGCUCCUGAAUCAUAAAAUCAAGGGGCACACUAGGAAAUCCAAUGUUGUGAAGUCUAAGCCAGGAACAUUAGAAUCUGAGCAGCUGCUGUAGCUGCUGGUCAUGGGCAAAGUAAGAACUUUCUGCUGCCCACAUGAGAUUUCAGCCUAAAUCAGAUGCUUUUAAGAAAUAUGGAUUUGAAAUAACCAAGGAUUGUCCUGGAAUUUUUUUUUUAAAGUCACAUAAAAGAAGAUAUGAUGUAAUGGUGGGGUCCCGGGGGGCAGGGGAGGGAUAUUAGACCAUUAAAAUGUCCUUCCUCUGGAUUCUCUUAAGAGCCAUUUAUGGGGCUGGGGAGACAGCUCAGCUGGUAGAAUGCUCGCCUCGCAAGCACAAGGCCCUGAGUUCGAUCCCCAGUACCGCAAAAAAAAAAAAAAAAGAGCCAUUUAUGAAUGUGUAUAACAUCCAGAAGACCAUGAAUACCACAUUUCACAGUUUAGCCAUUUUACCUUUGGGGAUCCUACAACUGAAUAGAGUGGAUUAGAUAAAAAUACAAAUUUUUUAUUCAUGUUGGCUACUUUUUCUUCACAAAGAAAUCUGCAGCACAGGGGAACCAAGUCUGUGUGCCAAGCUGACAGGAUUUGAAAAGAAUGGAUAAUUUUUAGCCUUUCCAAAAUGCAAAUAACUUUUGUUACAUGUAUUUCCAUUUUCCAGCUAUAGGGAGAGCAACCUAGCUGCUUGGCAGCUAUUACUGAUGCAGAAUUGGCUUAAAGAAAACACCUUCUAAACUGGGCUCAGCAGAUCUUUCUCUUUAGACUUACAGAACAGUAUUCCUAAUGCCAGUAGCAAUUGAAUCCAGACAUAAAUGGACUUGAUUAUACAGCCAUGUGUGACUGAGAGGCCCAUUCUGUGUCAUUUCUGCAUACGCAUCAUUCGUUGACACCUUGUAAGAAGUGCUGAAUUUUAGUUUCACAAUUCUUCAUUUCCCUUUCCACGGAGUGGGCAACCUACCAAAUACUCCCAGAUCAACGCCUUGCUUUGCUGGGAACUAGUGAAUUUCAGAGAGUUUUAAGAUGUUAAACUUGAAGCCAAUUCAGUAGCCCUAUUUGUUCCAAGACUCAUAACCAAUAAUGUGAUAUAAACACAUUAUAUUGCAUUUGGGAAAUCUGUGUAGUUAACAACUUACUUGGAAACGUGAAGUUAUUAAAAUGGCAGCUAGCUAACUGUGUCUUUUAAGUCAUCAUGAGGUUUCUACCAACGAAGAGAUUAAGGAAGCAAAUCAAACCUCCUGCAGUAGUUUGGCUGUCCUCAAGUAGUAACUGCUGGACUGGGUUUCUCCUCGAUCCUAGCCUUUCUCCUAACUACCCUGGAGAUAACCAGUGGCCUUCCCUUCUCCGAUAUCAGGGUCUCUUUAAGUCCAUGGUUCCUUUAAGAACUGCCUGCUUAAAGCUCACAUGAACUUCAGACCUUAUUGCAUAUUACAUCAAGUAUUUGCUCAAGAGAGACCUAACAAUCUCAAUUUUGGGUAUGAAAGUGAUAAAUAAAACUAUUAGGUUAUUUUGCAUUCCAUCUAUGCCAUAUAAUUCUCUAUUUUUUUACUCUUAGGUGUAUAUAUCUCCUAAAGACUAACUCAAGGGCUUUUUUUUUCCUAAUAGUUUGUGUGAAACUUGAUAGUAUUGGGUUAACAAAAUGCAAAUGUAUUCAUAGAUUCAGGCAGAAACUAACAUCCAAAGUGUUUGGAACAAACAACUUUCUACCACAUGUAAGCUGUCUCAUAGGCUGAAUACUCCCAUAAAUUCUACUUGUGUGUACACUGAGGGACUCUCUACCUUUGAAACAGUAAGAAUGUCUUCAAAGAGAAUGACUAUUUCCCCCACGUAUAGUGUGAGUUUCCUGUGCAUUAUCUUGGCAUGUUGAGUAAGAUAUCGAAUUUUCUCAGGCAUGUUAGCAUUGAUUUGUCAAUGUCUUUGUUGAAGUUGUACCUACUUUCCUUCAUUGUUCUCUUCCAGAGCUUUCUUCCACUUUUUGAUCGUUUGCCUAGGUUAUCUCUCCAAGUUAAUCUUUCCAACAUGAAAGGCUAGUCCCAGAGACCACUGCACAUACAGGGAAAUUAUUCUCUACAUCCCCAUGAUAUAAAUGAUAGAUGUUCAGAAACAAACAACUCUCUGGGAACUGUUGGCAUGGAUUCUGAAUUCUGCUUUCUGUGUGGUAUAUAAACAGGAAUAUGUAGUAUACAAAGUUGUACUGUUCUUUCUAAUAGGAGACUAGAAGGACAUUUAAAAUGUUUAUAUUUUAAAUAUGUUUGCAUGAACUAUAAAUAACUCUUUUUUUCCCUUCUUGCCAACUUGUCUCUAGAUAUAAUCUUACUCAUAUUCUUACCAUCAAGGUAUAAAGAAGGUAGUCUCAGCCGCUCUAAGUUGUGUCCUACAUAAGUCUUGAAAGAUGGGUUUACUGAAAAUAAACCCAUGAGCAAAGGGAGAUAUGUAGUAAUAAUUCAGUCGGCCUACAGUGACCAGGGUCUACUAAAGGCAUGGAUCUAGUCUAAAAUUAUUGAUUUUAUGAUUCUGCAAUUCUGCAGUUGCCCAAGACAAAUAAUGUGACCCUACCAUCAACUGGAUUUGAAACUUUUGAGGAGGUUUAUGCAUUAAGAAAUAAGGAUGUUUCUUUAACAGAAGCAAAGAUUCUCCUAAGAGGGUAGAAACUUAAAAUUAGAGAUUGGAUAAUUUUAAGAAUUUUUAGAGAAAGCAUGUCAUUGAUUCAUCAUCGUCUUUUCCUUUCAUUGAAUUGUAAUUAGACUAGUAUGGGAAGCACAGUGCUCUUGGACUUUGAUUUAGAGGAUCGUGCUUUGGCCUGGAAAAUAAGCAUUGGCCUGCAUGCCUCGAACCUAAGUGAAAUCAGUUAGCAUCCUAAUACAAAUCAGAUGUAACAGAAAUGUGAAUUAUUUCAAGUCCUUUAGCAUUUAAUUUUCUUAGUGACACCCUGGACCUUGUAUGCUGCCUCCUAAUAUGCAUUUGAUCCAUGCAGUGGUCUUCAGCUCAGACUUGUGAGAUGCCAAGCAAUGGGAUGAAGGAGAAAAACAGGAGGCAGGAGAGAAGAGAUUUUUUAACAAGGCCAGUCCAAUGCUUUGCUGAUCCAAUUCAUUUUGUUAGAAAACUGGUGAUUUGGAAAGUUCUUUAAAGAAAAUUCAGCAAUCUGUAGUAGGCAAGUAGGAGUGCCCAGUAUGAUAUACUGGUUGGUGGCAGACGUUGUGCUGGAAAAGCAGGUAACCCCAGUGAAACUGGCGUAUGUGGGUUUAGUAACUCCAUCGACUUCAGAUCCAUUUCCAUGAGGUUGCUUGUUCAUGAACCUGCCUGUUUUCUCUAUUCUUUCAUUUUUCCGCUUUCUGGACCCAGGCCUCAGCCUCCCCUUCCUUCACAUCCCACAACUAGUCUUUCCUAACUGAGCCUUUACAUGUCUCCCUGGCCCAACUUUUUUUUCGCUUCCCUGCAUCAUGGACACUAAAUGUCUCCCUGGACCCCUUCUCCACCCUCUCACACCCUGUGCUCCACCACUGGAUGGGGAUCUCCACUGUCACCAAGGAGCCUGCGUGAGACAUGCUGCUGGGACUGCCUCUUGUUAAUGUCAGCAUCACCUCAUCAUUUAGGCCAAGGGAAAAUCCAUAAAAGAGAUGGAAAGUGCAUUUCUUUUUCAUUUUAUUUUACUUUAUUUUAAGAAGGUUGGUUGGAGUCACGGGGCGGGGGGGAGCAGUGGGAGGGGUUCUAGUUCUUCUCAAUUUCUCAUAGAUUUUACUUUUAGGGGAUAUUCUUUUGAUAAAUUUAUGUCAGACCAGGUCACCAGCUAUGAUACAGACUAAAUUUUUGACUUUCAAGUAAGUUUCUGUGCUGCCAGACAAAUUUGACUUCUGUGCAAACAUUUUGAAUCAGACUUAUUAUGGCACUCCAUUCUUACCACUACUCAUGAUUCAAACAUUACCCCUAAUCCGAAUCAGGAUGUUGACAUUUUGUGGUUAAUUUCAUAUUAACAGUAAUAACUAUUGCGCUCUUAAAAGCACUUAAAGUGUAAGCAUGUCCUAAAUAGUCUACUAUUUGACCUGGUAAAAUCUUGGCUUUUCUGUUUAAUUAAGUAUUAGAUUAAUCUGUAGAUAUAACUUUUAAGGGAUUUUGAGCAAUAAUGAAGACAUUUUGGGAAAGGAGAAGGCACUUUAAAGACAUGAAACCUUACAUUACAUGCUCUUGGAUAUUUUUAAACAUAAGCUAAUUGGAUUCAGGUAUUUUUCCCUUUAUAUUUUAAGAAUAUGUAUUUCUAAUUUGCAUAUUUAAUUUUGUCAAAGCUGAGAACUGCUCAUGAGUUGAAUUUUUAAAUGUAAUAGCAACCAAAUGAAGUAUUUAUUUUUAAAAAGAAAGGGUGUAGGAACCAAUAUUAAUUUGUACAUAAUGAAAAUGUGUGUACGUGUGUGUGUAUAUAUAUAUACAUAUGAAUAUAUAUAUUUUCCUUCUUGACACUACUUGGUCACCUUAUUAAGUGUAUUUUUGUACAUAGUAUAUAUUGGUUAGAAAAGUGUAGAAUGUCUAUUCUAAGAAUUCUAUCUCUGAUAGAUUAUAUUUAUCCUAAUCUAUUGAUACCUCUGUUAAUUCAUUUCAAGAGAUACAACUAUAUUUUUUGGAAUUUGAAGAGACUUGCACUCAUGGCUUCCAAUUGUAAAUAUGCUAAGGGUAUUUUAAUAAAUCCUGGU